CUCCGCUCGGGGCGACCGGCUAAGGGCCUCGGGAGCAAGGACCCCUUUCUUGUCAAAAUGGCAGCGCCCGGCGUGCUGUGGGGGUAUUUUUAAGGUAGGGGGUGCGGCAGGUAAGAGCCUUCCCCAGGAGAGAGAGUAGGCAGCGUGCCGCGCUUCAGAUUUGAAACACCCGGGUUUGGGUCUCCUGGGCGACCGGUGGAUUAGUUGGUCGUUUACAGAAAACACUUAGGAUCUGCACUGUUGACUCUGUUGAGAAGAAAAAAACAGCCUAUGUUUUGCUGAUCCCUGAUGAAACACCAGAAUCUGUGAAAGGAGUUUCUACAAUGGUUUGCUCAGCUCUCAGGAGAGUUGCCCACAUGCAUGUUUUCCUGGUGAGGAAGGCCAGUAGUGUCUCCAAAGGCCAUCAUCGGCAGGCCUUGGGCUCAAGACCUGCUGCUUCAGAGUUUGCUGCCCGAGGAGCUCCAGGUGGUGUGGUGGAGUUGCUGGGCAAAUCCUACCCUCAGGACGACUAUAGCAACCUCUCCCAGAAAGUCCUCUCCAGGCUUGGCAGGAAUCUGCACAAUCAGCAGCAUCACCCUCUCUGGCUGAUCAAGGAGAGGGUGAAGGAGCACUUCUAUAAGCAGUAUGUGGGCCGCUUUAGGACUCCACUGUUCUCGGUCUACGAGGACCUUUCUCCAGUGGUCACCACCUGGCAGAACUUUGACAGCCUGCUCAUCCCAGCUGACCACCCCAGCCGGAAGAAGGGAGACAACUAUUACCUGAAUGGGACUCACAUGCUGCGAGCACACACGUCCGCACACCAGUGGGACCUGCUGCAUGCUGGGCUGGAUGCCUUCCUGGUGGUGGGUGAUGUCUAUCGGCGCGACCAGAUCGACUCCCAGCACUACCCAGUGUUCCACCAGUUGGAGGGCGUCCGACUCUUCUCUAAACACGAGUUAUUUGCUGGCAUGAAGGAUGGAGAAGGCCUACAGCUCUUUGAACAGAGUUCUCGCUCUGCCUAUAAACAAGAGACACAUACCAUGGAGGCCAUGAAGCUCAUCGAGUUUGACCUUAAGCAAACACUUACCAAACUUGUGACACAUAUUUUUGGAGAUGGACUGGACAUUAGAUGGGUAGACUGCUACUUUCCUUUUACUCAUCCUUCCUUUGAGAUGGAGAUCAACUUCCAUGGAGAAUGGCUAGAAGUGCUUGGCUGCGGGGUGAUGGAACAGCAACUGGUAAAUUCAGCUGGUGCUCAAGAUCGGAUUGGUUGGGCCUUUGGCCUAGGAUUGGAAAGACUGGCCAUGAUCCUCUAUGACAUCCCUGACAUCCGCCUCUUCUGGAGUGAGGAUGAGCGUUUCCUGAAGCAGUUCCGCGUGUCAGAUAUCAACCAGAACGUGAAAUUUCAGCCUUUUAGCAAAUACCCUGCUGUGAUAAAUGACAUCUCAUUCUGGUUGCCCUCUGAGAAUUAUACAGAAAACGAUUUCUAUGACUUAGUACGAACAAUUGGAGGAGACCUGGUGGAAAAAGUUGAUCUGAUAGACAAGUUUGAACAUCCAAAGACGCACAAGACCAGCCACUGCUACCGCAUCACCUACCGCCACAUGGAGCGGACCCUGUCGCAGAGAGAGGUCAGGUGUGUGCACCAGGCCAUGCAGGAGGCCGUGGUGCGGCUGCUGGGCGUGGAGGGCAGGUUUUGAUGCCACUGCCUGGACCAGGCUGCAGCCUCUCGGGGCUCCAAGGAUUUGCGAGAGAGAAAAGGAUGUUGUUUGUGGACUGGGGCAUCUGUCAUGUUGUGAUAAAUGGGUCAGUGUUAGGACUUUCAGAAAAUAAAGGAUCGCU